GUACAUAAAGCAAACUCUGAAUGAGAAUAAUGACGAUUAAAGAUACAGCGCAACAGCUCUGAUCACAAGCUGCAAUUGCAGACUGCUGAGCGCUAACAACUUCCGCUGACGUAGGUCACAUACCACCGUAGGUUAAAGAUUUACCUGCUUUAUUUUAUUUUAUUUACAAAAUAUUUUUGGGGGAAAUGAGACUGAUGGGAUGAUUAGGGUGCAGUGUACAUUAACACAAAAAAUAUAUUACUAACAUGUACAAAGACACAAAAAUGUUUUUUUUUUAUCUUUCGGAUCUAAAAAUGAGAGUCGUCACCUUACCGUGGUGGAGGGGUUUGUGUGUCCCAAUGAUCCUAGAAGCUAAGUUGUAUGGGGCUUUAUGCCCCUGGCAGGGUCACCCAUGGCAAACAGGUUCUAGGGGAGGGGCCAGACAAAGCACGGCUCAAAGACCCCUAUGAUGAAUGAAAUAAAUGGAUCUAGGUUUCCCUUGCCCGGACGCGGGUCACCGGGGCCCCCCUCUGGAGCCAGGCCUGGAGGUGGGGCUCGUUGGCAAGCGCCUGGUGGCCGGGCCUACACCCAUGGGGCCCGGUCGGGCACAGCCCGAAUAGGCAACGUGGGUCCCCCUUCCCAUGGACUCACCACCCAUGAGAGGGGCCAAAGGGGUCGGGUGCUAUGUGAGCUGGGCGGCAGCCAAAGGCGGGGACCCUGGCGGUCCGAUCCUCGGCUGCAGAAGCUAGCUCUUGGGACAUGGAAUGUCACCUCUCUGGCAGGGAAGGAGCCCGAGCUGGUGUGUGAGGCAGAGAAUUUCCGACUGGAUAUAGUCGGACUUGCCUCCACACACAGCCUGGGUUCUGGUACCAGUUCUCUCGAGAGGGGUUGGACUCUCUUCCACUCUGGAGUUGCUCACGGUGAGAGGCGCAGAGCAGGUGUGGGCAUGCUCAUUGCCCCCCGGCUCAGUGCCUGUACAUUGGGGUUCACACCGGUGGACGAGAGGGUUGCAUCCCUUCGCCUGCGGGUGGGGGGACGGGUCCUGACUGUUGUUUGUGCAUAUGCACCAAACAGCAGCUCAGCAUACCCACCCUUUUUGGAGUCCUUGGAGGGUGUGCUGGAGAGUACUCCUGCUGGGGACUCCCUUGUUCUACUGGGGGACUUCAAUGCUCACAUGGGCAAUGACAGUGAGACCUGAAGGGGCGUGAUUGGGAGGAACGCCCCCCCCCAAUCAGAACUCGAGUGGUGUUUUGUUAUUGGACUUCUGUGCUCGUCAUGGACUGUCCAUAACGAACACCUUGUUCAAACAUAAGGGUGUCCACAUGUGCACUUGGCACCAGGACACCCUAGGCCGUAGUUCCAUGAUUGAC